AAACUGGUAACGGGGGCCUGGUUAUCCCUCUCAAGCUCAGAACCCUAACACACUCUAUCGCUUGCUCGAUCGAUCGAUCGAUCAAUCGCUCCCUCCUUCCCCCUCUUGACUGCGUAAAAGCAAAGAAACACCAUGGUGUUCUACUUCAAAGCACGCCCAGAAGCCGGUGAUUACACCAUCUUCAUGGGUCUUGACAAAUACGAGAACGAGGAGCUUAUCAGAUACGGUUUCCCCGAAGACAUCUGGUUCCAUGUGGAUAAAAUGUCUUCCGCCCAUGUCUAUGUUAGACUGCAUAAAGGUCAGACUAUUGAUGAUAUAAGCGAAGGUUUGCUGGAAGACUGUGCUCAGCUUGUCAAAGCAAAUUCAAUUCAAGGAAAUAAGGUGAACAAUGUUGAUGUUGUUUACACUCCCUGGUCCAAUUUAAAGAAAACUGCUUCAAUGGAUGUUGGUCAAGUUGGUUUUCACAACCCAAAAAUGGUUCGAACUGUGAGAGUGGAGAAGCGGAUCAAUGAGACUGUGAACAGGUUGAACAAAACAAAAGUGGAAAGGAAGCCUGAUUUGAAAGCUGAGCGAGAAGCAGUUAAUGCUGCUGAAAGAGCAGAAAGGAAACAACAGCUGAGGGAAAAGAAACGGCGGGAAGAAUUGGACAGAAUGGAAAAGGAGAGGCAGGCAGAACUAAGGAGCUACAAAGGUCUGAUGGUGUCAGAAAAUAUGACAUCCAAUAAACAAAUAGCUUCAGGCAGUAAAUCAUUGCAGGAACUGGAGGACGAUUUCAUGUAAGCAUUGCUGAUUGGAUAUAAUUAACUGGCGACCAAUCUGCCACCCAACAGAUGAAGAUAUUGAUUGAAUAACUAAACUUUAGAAGUUGAAACGGUAGUAAUCUGCCUACCUGGAUUAAGAGAGCUCGUAGUGUGUGCUGUUUGAGGCGAGGGAAAAAUAGGGGGGAUUUGCGGGGGGUAAAGUGAUUUACCUCUGUGCCUGAUGACGACGAUACCUGACACAGAACCUUGCUCAACGCUGGUUUUAAACUUGGUUUAUUCGUGGUCGAAGGUGACCAACUACAAUUCCUUGUUAAGCAACCAUUAUAACGGUCUGUUGUGCUCUUCUAGUUUGGUUUUUGGUUUACCCUUGGCUUGAAUGCUAAUGCUAAUCUUGUUAAAUUUUAUUAUUUCUUUCGUUG